CUGCGCCACCCCUGUAUUAGUGCAUUAUUUUAUAACCCGCUUUGAAACCCACCGAUCUAAAUAUCCAUAAUCAUGUCCAGCGGAUUCGCGCGUAGCUACAAACUUUUUGUGGGCAACCUGCCGUGGACGAUUGGCAGCAAGGAGUUGCGGACAUACUUCUCGAAGUACGGGUACGUGGCCAACGCAGAGGUGGUCUUCGACCGGCAACUGGGCCUCUCCAAGCACUACGGAUUCGUGGUGUUCAGCCAGCGGGAUGCCUUCAACAGCGCCAGCAACCAGAACACCCACUUCCUGGAGGGACGCGUGCUCACCGUACAGCGGGCCAAUGAAAGUCCUUGAGGAUAAUAGAUUGUAAUUCGAUUGAUUUACUAGUUGUAUGGAACAGAGGCGACAAUGAGAGAUGGUUCAAAUAUA